UGAGGCAGCCAUAGCUUCGGGCGCGGGACGCCUCGAGUCGCGGAGUCGUUGGAUUAAACAACAAUCCGUGGUGUCACUGUCCCGUGAAGCGCUUGGCGUUUGUAAGAUUGUGGUUGGAUUGUGUUUGCAUUUACGCGCGCAUUACUGUUUACAACCACCUUCGUGGCAGCCAAACACCGUGCGCGCGUGUGGUUCUCCGACGAUGAGCGCAGAGGAGGAAGUGUUGCGUAUCCAGAAGAAGCUCAACAAAAUGUCGAGCGGUGACGGGACGGGUCAAGAACAGGCUUUGGAAUUGCUUAAGAUUCUUCAAAAAUUACCUGUUGACUUAGAGCUUUUGACUAAAACACGUAUUGGAAUGACUGUAAAUGCGUUGAGAAAAUCAAGUAGGGAUGAAGAAGUCAUUUCUUUAUCAAAGACUCUUAUUAAAAACUGGAAAAAGUUCUUAUCUGGAUCAAAUAAAGAGAAGGACUCAACAUCGUCAAGUAGUUCAAAAAAGAAGGAUGAGAAACCAGAUAAAGCAAAGGAAGAGAGCGAUCAUAAGAAAGAGAAAGAUAUUAUGGAUGUCGAUGUAAAAGUUAAGGAAGAAAAACCUUUCAAAGACAUUCAAAGGAAACAGGCGUCUUUCCCUGCUCCUACCACAACAGAUGCAGUGAGAUUAAAAUGCAGAGAACUAUUGGCGACAGCUUUACGUGUUGAUGGGAAAGUUAUUGAUGGAUGUGCCAGUCCAGAAGAGUUAGCAGAAGAAUUGGAAGAAGCAAUCUAUGCAGAAUUUAAAAACACUGACAACAGAUACAAAAAUAGAGUUCGCAGCAGAGUUGCCAAUUUGCGCGAUGUGAAGAAUCCUAAUCUACGGACGAACUUUUUGGUAGGUGCGAUUACGCCUGCUAGAUUAGCGGUAAUGACUGCAGAAGAAAUGGCAAGCGACGAAAUUAAGCAAUUACGCGAACAGUUCAAGAAAGAGGCUAUCAAUGACGCACAACUUGCCACCGUGCAGGGAACCAAGACCGACUUGCUCAAAUGUGGUAAAUGCAAGAAGCGCAACUGCACGUAUAACCAAGUGCAAACACGUUCAGCCGACGAACCGAUGACUACUUUCGUAUUGUGUAAUGAAUGUGGAAAUCGAUGGAAAUUCUGCUAA